AUGACAGACCUAACGCCCAACCUAAAGAAACUCCUCUCAUCCAAAAAUGCACCAACCUCCAAAAAUCCCCCAGCACCCACCGACGAAUUCCUAAAAGAAGCAUACAGAAUCAAUUCCCACAUAGUCUCCCUAAAAAAAUACCUCUCCACAAUCCGCCCCGCAUACCUAACAACAAACAACCGACACACCCAACCAUCACAGGCCCAAAACCUCACAGACCUAGAACGCGACUCAAUAGACAGCUCAACCGCCCUCCUCCUCCGCGACCUAGCAAGCAGCAUAACCAACCUUUCAUCUGCAGAAACCCUCCGCCAAGAAACAGAAGCUUCUAUCCUCCGCAAAAAAUACGGCCACAGCGCAGCCGGCGCGCUUCUUUUCCGCUGGGCAGGCGGCGCAGAUACGCAGAAUGAUAAUGCGGGAAAACCGAUUGAGCAGGUUAAGGCUGAGGAGAGCGCGAGUGGGAUUCGAAGUGUGAGGGAGAGUGUGCUUUGGUUUUUGAGACGGGGGCUUGAGGGGGCGGCGAGUUUGCAGAGAAGUAUGGUUGAGAAGAGGAUUGAGAGGAUUAGGGAGAAGGAGAAGAGUGUUUUGUAUAAGAGUUCGAAUGCGAAUGCGAAUAAGGGGAGGGGGGCGACGACGACAACGAAUACUACUGGUGGUGGUGGGAAUGCGAACACGAAUGCGAAUAUGAAUAUGAAUGCGGGCGAUUCAGAGAAAUGGGCUGGGUCUUCGAUGUCAGCACCUGAUGCUGUGCAUCUUAGUGAAGCUGAUACGGCACGAAUAGAAGCUGAGUUAUCGCCUGAGCAGCUGCAGCUUUUCGCAGAGGAGAACGAUACAAUGUUACGGCAUUAUGAAGAUACGCUGGGCAAAGUGCAGAAUGCGGAAAAGUCUCUUGUUGAGAUCUCGUCGCUUCAGAAUACGCUCGUUUCGCAUCUUGCGACGCAGGAGGAAUACGUCUCGCAGCUUGUUAGUGAUGCGGAUGCUACUACUAGCAAUGUUGGGAGGGGAAAUAAGGAACUGAAACGCGCUACUGAGCGGAAGAGUACGGCGCAAGCUGUGUUUUGGGGGACGGUGGGGCUGUGUACUUGGUUGGUUGUUUGGGAUUUGGUGUUUUAG